UUCCAGCGAACUGCUCCACUCUGGAAAUCUAUACCUAUCGCUCUACCUCUCCUCUUAGCCCAGACAGCUCAAGCACAGUACAUCAUGUCCCUGUCCCUUGAGACCACCGACGUUGCGCCCGCUCCGGUCCCCGUCCCAGCCCAUAAUGGCCCCGCUCUCGGCUCCACGUCGCGGAUGCCCGAGUUCAGCCUGGCUGGGAAGGUGGUCUGUGUCUCUGGAGCAGCCCGCGGUCUGGGCUUGACGCAGGCCGAAGCUCUGCUCGAAGCUGGGGCCAAGGUGUAUGCGCUUGACCGUCUCGAGGAACCCUCCCCCGAGUUCGCUAUCAUUCAGAAACGCGCGCAAGCGGAACUGGGCACAGCGCUACACUACCGUCGCAUUGACGUGCGCGACACGGAGCUGCUGAACACUGCCAUCGAGGCCAUCGCCAACACGGAGGGUCGGAUGGAUGGGCUGGUCGCCGCCGCGGGGAUCCAGCAGGAGACCUCGGCGUUGGAGUACACGGCCGCGGACUCGAACCGGAUGUUCGAGGUGAACGUGACCGGCGUGUUCAUGACGGCGCAGGCCGUCGCAAAGCAGAUGAUUCGCUUUGGCAACGGCGGCAGCAUUGCACUGAUUGCCAGUAUGAGUGGUACAAUCGCCAAUCGGGGCCUCAUCUGCCCCGCGUACAAUGCCAGCAAGGCUGCGGUGAUCCAGCUGGGUCGCAACCUCGCCAUGGAGUGGGGCCAGUACAACAUCCGGGUCAACACGAUUUCCCCGGGGUAUAUCGUGACGGCGAUGGUGGAGCAGCUGUUCGUGCAGUUCCCCGAGCGUCGCGAGGAGUGGCCGAAGCACAACAUGCUGGGACGCCUGUCCACGCCCAACGAGUACCGGGGCGCGGCGGUCUUCCUCCUCAGCGACGCCAGCAGCUUCAUGACGGGCAGCGAUCUGCGCAUCGACGGCGGGCACGCCGCGUGGUGACGUUUGUCGCCGGUUUCUUAUCUGCUUCUUGUUGCGGUGUCGCACGGCGUUCAUCUGUGAAAGCGAAGCGUUGAUUGACUCGGAGUACUGUUUACCAUAUGCGCAUGACGUACAUCUACGAGGGGGCGAUGAUGGAUUUCUCAUUUCUUGUUCCGCGGUG